CAGCACAAGAGAAGCAAAGCAAAGCAAAGAAACAGAAAUCUUCCUGGCUUCUUUGCUUGUUUGCUGGGAAUUCUUUAAGACCCACCUGGGGAAAUGAAUCAAUUUGUGUGGCUGCUCCUGUUGUUGUUUGUGUUAACCUCGUUUCGCCUUCCAUCCUGUAAGUUCGCUUCUUCAUCAUCUUCCUCCUCUUUCUCUAGACCUCUGCAUGUGGAAACAUGGCAGGUUUGUGCUGCUGCAACGACGUUGGGUAAGGACCACCAGCUGCCUUGCAUUGCUUUGCUUCUAAGCUCAGGCGGGUUCGAGGUAUCGUCAAGACUGAGAGUGAGAGAAGAAAGAGUAGCAAGGGAGCCACACACUCACUCUCACACACACACACACACACACAGAGGCUCACUCAGAGGGAGAGAGAGAGAUAGAGGCAAGGGAAGGGAAGGUGAAGGGGGAGAAGGUAGCAGCACAACGGGGCACAGCAUUGAUGAUACUCGCAGAAGCAUAGAUAGGCCUGGGGAAUAAUCCGUCAUCACCACCACGCCUUGUGCAUGCCACUGCAAUUUUGGCAGCGCAAGAAAUAAAGAAAGAAAGUGUGAGCUUACUGCUGCUUCUGCUGCUGCUGCACGGGGUAGAGACGAGAGAGACGGAGCAGGAGGAAGGAAGGAAGGAAGGAAGGAAGGAAGGAAAGAAGGAAAGAGUGAAGUCGGUCAAGGAAGAUGGGCCAGCCGGAAGAAAAUCAAGUUUGGUUGCUUGGCUGCAAUGUGAGCACCAAAUCGAGAUGGAUGCAGCUUCUUAUUUGCGGAGGCGGCUUUUUUUUCGGGUACAUGAUAAACGGAGUUUGUGAGGAAUAUGUCUACAACAGACUUCAAUUCAGCUACGGGUGGUAUUUCACAUUCAUUCAAGGCUUUGUCUACUUGACACUCAUUUCGUGGCACGGCUUCCGACCGAAACAUAUCGUCAACCCCUGGAAGACUUACAUUAAGUUGUCAGCUGUCUUGAUGGGUUCCCAGGGGUUGACGAAAGGCUCCCUGAUGUUCCUGAAUUAUCCUGCACAGAUUAUGUUCAAAUCUACCAAGGUCUUGCCGGUGAUGGUGAUGGGGGCGUUCGUACCUGGGUUGAGACGUCGUUACUCUAUCCUUGAGUAUGUUUCUGCAUCUUUGUUGGUGUUGGGGCUUGUGACUUUUACUCUUGCAGAUGCCCAAACGUCGCCCAAUUUUAGCAUUAUGGGUGUGGUGAUGGUUGUGGGAGCACUCGUUCUAGACGCGUUUGUCGGAAACCUUCAAGAAGUUAUCUUUACUUUGAACCCUGCUACAACUCAGUUGGAGAUGCUUUUCUGUUCCACAGCAGUUGGUCUACCGUUCCUUAUACCACCAAUGCUCAUUACAGGCGAAUUUUUUCGUGCUUGGUCUAACUGCUUUCAGAAUCCAUACAUAUAUCUUGUGCUAAUCUUCGAGGCGUGUGCAACAUUUAUUGGGCAAUUAUCUGUACUUUGCCUUAUUGCCUUGUUUGGUGCUGCGACAACGGCAAUGGUUACAACCGCCCGAAAGGCAGUCACCCUUCUACUUUCUUAUAUUAUUUUUACCAAGCCACUUUUAGGACAGCAUUGCACAGGUCUACUUCUAAUUACAAUGGGGAUCGUUCUAAAGAUGUUGCCGGACAAUGUUCAAAAAAGGAUCAUGUCCCCCCACACAUAUUUGCCAUUAAAAACUUCGGAAGCUUCGACAUCGCAGUCAGAUUCGGAUAAUGACAUCCCCAAAUUAGAAGAAGCGUUGUAAAAAAUGCACGUGGAUCUGAGAAGGCACACCCACAACAUUCUAGGGUGAACCAUGAAAAGAAUAAAUCAAGUGGAUAGUUGACUUGAAGGUGUGCUUAAGACACGUCUCCACUUCAGAGACCAGUUUGAAAAUGGAAAAAAGAUUUAGGUACGAAGGGACGACUAUUUUGGGGGGAUGUUUAAGCGGGGGCCGUCGUCUUAUUUCUCAUUUCUUAUUUACUUUCAGUAGCCUAUAAUUUCUCUCAAAUCUACUUUUUAUUUUCUUUCUUUUUAUUUAAUUAAUUUUCUUCCCAACUGUAACUAACACUAAGUCUCACUUUCGGAAUUCCUCAAGGCACCCGAUUAGAUUUCUCUGCAGUUGGGGUAGUGCUGUUUGAAGCAUAAAGUUUGCUGCAGAACGACUUCAAUUACAUUCGAACAAUGCUGAUACUACGUAGGAAAGAGCAUUGAAUGUUUAAGCACACAGUACUCUACUGGCAGUAAAGCUAUUUGUCGAACUAAAGCAUAUCAUACACGCCGCUGCUGAAUACUUACCACAGGUCUGGCUGGACUUAAGCGGCCAGCAUUAUGAAGAGAGAACCUCUUCUUAUUAGAAAAGAAAAACUGGUUUCCUGUUUGGGCUCACAGUGUUGUGGAGCGCUCUUGUAAGCCUUUCUUUUUAUCAAGAUGGGGCAUAAUCACAGAUGUGGCUCAAACUCAAUCUCAAGUCAGUUAGUUAAAAUGAGUUCUUACUCCAAUGGAACAGAAAAUUGUCUAUUCACAAGCCGAAGCAUGAUCAAAGAAUUGGACUUUGUAACUCAUUUGAUUGAGAAAUAAAUGAGAUGUAGAACAUGCGAGGCCA